AUGAGCGGCUCCUCUACGCCGACGGGAGUGAAUAUUCCACCCGCCAAUGCGGACCUCGCGACGACGUGGGCCCACCUCGAAGAGGGUGUGGACCACAUCAUGACCAAACUGCACACCGGUGUCUCGUAUUCCAAAUAUAUGGGCCUUUACACCGUCGCGUACAACUACUGCACGAGCUCGAAGAUGCCCGCCGCGCAGGACCCGACGCAGGCACGAUCGGGCGCGAACCUCAUGGGCAGUGAUCUGUACAACCACCUCAUCCGCUAUUUUGUCGCCCAUUUACGAGGACUUAAAGAUGCCUCGGACGCGCUGCAGAACGAGCCACUCUUGCGGUACUACGCCCAGGAAUGGGACCGCUAUACCACCGGUGCUAACUAUAUCAAUCGCCUCUUCACCUACUUGAAUCGCCACUGGGUCAAACGCGAACGUGACGAGGGACGCAAGGGCGUCUACCCUGUUUACACGCUUGCGCUCGUCCAAUGGAGGCAAAACUUCUUCUUGCACAUCCAGAGCAAACAGACCAAAUUGGCGGGUGCCAUCCUGCGCUUGAUCGAGCAGCAGAGGAACGGCGAGACGAUUGACCAGGGUCUCGUGAAGAAGGUCAUCGACUCCUUCGUCUCGCUCGGGAUCGAUGAGACGGACAUCAACAAGGCGUCGCUUGAGAUCUACAAGGAGCACCUUGAGACACCAUUCCUUGAGGCGACGGAGAAGUACUACAAGGCCGAGUCCGAGGCUUUCCUCGCCGAGAACUCCGUCUCGGACUACUUGAAGAAGGCUGAAGAGCGUCUGCGCGAGGAGGAGGACCGCGUCGAGCGUUACCUACACACGACUACCCGCAAGCUGCUCGUGCAGAAGUGCGAGCACGUGCUUAUCCGCUCGCAUGCCGAGCUCAUGUGGGACGCAUUCCAGACGCUGCUCGACUUCGACAAGGACGAGGACUUGCAACGCAUGUACGCGUUACUUGCGCGCAUCCCGGAGGGUCUCGAGCCCUUGCGCAAGAAGUUCGAGGAGCACGUGAAGAACGCAGGUCUUGCUGCCGUCGCCAAGCUUGCGGACUCAGAGGGCGCGGACGUCGACCCCAAGGCGUACGUCGACGCAUUGUUGGAGGUGCACUCGAAGAAUGCAGAGACGGUCAACCGCUCUUUCAAGGGCGAGGCCGGUUUUGUUGCUGCUCUCGACAAGGCAUGCCGUGACUUCGUCAACAAGAACAAGGCGACGGGAAGCCAACCUACGCGUUCGCCUGAGCUCCUCGCGAAGCACGCUGAUGCGCUGCUUCGGAAGAGCAACAAGAUGGCGGAGGACCAGGACCUUGAGGGCGCACUGAACCGGGUGAUGGUGCUCUUCAAGUACCUCGACGACAAAGACGUCUUCCAACAGUACUACACCACCAAGCUCUCGAAGCGUCUCAUUCACGGUGUGUCCGCGUCGGACGAGGCAGAGGCGAGCAUGAUCUCGAAGCUCAAGGAGGCUUGCGGUUUCGAGUACACCAACAAGCUCCAGCGCAUGUUCACCGAUAUGAGCCUGUCCAAGGACUUGACAGACUCGUUCAAGGAACGUAUGCAACAGAACCAUGACGACGUUGACCUCUCUUUCUCCAUCAUGGUCCUCGGCACGAACUUCUGGCCCAUCACCGCGCCGCCAGGCGACUACAUUGUACCGACCGACUUGCAAGCGACGUACGACCGCUUCCAGAAGUACUACCAGACGAAGCACUCCGGUCGCAAGCUUACCUGGCUGUGGAACUACUCGAAGAACGAGUUGCGAACGAACCACCUCAAUCAGAAGUACAUCUUGAUGACGAGCGCAUACCAGACAGCGGUGUUGUUACAAUACAACCGCGCCGAUACGCUGAGCCUCGAUGAGUUGCUGCAGGCAACGGCCAUCCAGAAGGAGCUGCUCGUUCAGGUUCUGGGCUUGUUAACCAAGGCGAAGAUCCUCGUCUCAGACGACAACGAACAAUUUGACUUGAACCCCAACUUCAAGUCAAAGAAGAUCCGUAUCAACCUGAACCAGCCGAUCAAGGCCGAGGCGAAGGCUGAGGCGUCAGACGUGCUGAAGACGGUCGACGAGGACCGCAAGUACGUGAUCCAGGCCACGAUUGUCCGUAUCAUGAAGGCGCGCAAGACAAUGAAGAACCAGCCGCUGAUCCAGGAGGUCAUCUCCCAGAUCUCGACCCGUUUCACGCCCAAGAUCCCGGACAUCAAGAAGGCGAUCGAGACGUUGCUGGAGAAGGAGUAUAUCGAGCGCGCGGAGAACACCCGCGACACGUUCAACUACGUCGCAUAG